GCCCCAGAACAGCAAACAAGUGCACGGUCAAAACCAUGUAAUCAAGAUGAAGGCCUCUUCAUACUGAGAUUACACACCCCAUUGCCUCCAAUCACAACCAAGGACGACAGGAACGCAAGCUGAGAGUCGUCUGAUUUUGCAAGGAUUGACAAAGCAUGGCUAACAACAAUCCAGCAGAGAAAACAAGAACUGCAUGGGAUUUGAAAAGUCAGCUUUGUUUUUGUGCUUUGGAUUUGAAGUUGAUUAAAUAAUCGAAAAGGCUAGGCUAUUAGGUCAUGAUUUCUAUGUUACAGCUGUCCAGCUCAGGUUGACAGACACUCUGCAAGGCCUGUUGAUUGAAGAAGAGAGGCAGAGGAAAUCUCUGUGGUUAGCACAGCAACCGUCAAUGGAUUGUGAAAAGAGACAUGAUCAAAGGCAGAAAAAGAGCAUUUAGAAAGCUUCCUUUGGUAGAGUUUAAUGACAUUGCAUCGAUACAUAUUCAGCAGUGGUCCUAACCACUACAAUAAGUUUGCUAGAGAGUGUUAUUGCUUUGCACAAAACUUAAAUGGAUUCUUCUGCAAGCUGGACAUGUUAAAAGCAAUCAUGAAAGGUUCAUUGCUGUUCAUUUCAAGUUUCAUCAUGCUAGCAGACAUGGCAAAUAGUUGUCCUCCAAAAUGCCUAUGUCACCAGUUUUCAAGGACAGUGGAUUGCCGGAAUCGACGACUUACUGAAAUCCCUUUACACUUACCGGUUGGAACUCACAUACUGCUUUUAUCAAAUAAUCGUAUUCAGAAGAUUAGUCAACAUGCUUUCACUGAUACAUCAGCUCUAAAAAUUCUGGAUUUAUCUAAUAAUUCCAUCUCAGGUUUAUUGCCUGGCACAUUCAAAGACCUGCAAAAUCUACAGAUUCUAAACCUCACUAAAAACUAUAUUGGAUAUGUAGACAACAAAACCUUUAAUUUCCUUCCACGACUAAAAGAACUGGAUUUAUCAUUUAACAAUAUAUUCAGUCUGCCAGGAACGUUAGGAAAUAACACAAGGCACAUAACUUUAUUAUCUCUGAAACAUAAUAAACUCCAAAAAAUAGAAAGACUUCUACUGGAAUCACUUCCAAAUCUGAAAGUGGUUCUUUUCAAAGGUAAUUUCUGGCAGUGCAAUUGUGAAGUCUUUGGCCUUAAAUUGUGGUUGGAAAGUUUUCUCUAUAGAGGAGGAAUUAGUGAUGCUGUAAUCUGUUCUUCACCUGAAAACCGGAGAGGAAAAGAUCUUCUCAAAAUCCCUUAUGAGUUGUAUGGGAUCUGCUCUCCUGCGGUUUCUCAAGUUUACCAGGCCAAUAUCCAUCACUAUUCUGACCACAGAAGUUCCCUGAAGCAUGGCCACCCCAGUGAAUAUGGAGGAGAUGGCAGCCGCUCACAUUGUGAACCUAAGCCAAAGCCACGUCCUGUGAGCUUGCGACAUGCAUUAGCCACUGUAAUAAUAACUGGAGUGAUCUGUGGGAUUGUGUGUCUCAUGAUGUUGGCUGCUGCUGUAUAUGGCUGUGCUUAUGCAGCCAUGACUGCAAAAUACCACCGGGAACACUCACCCCUUGGCAAGGAGACAGGGAGCCAAAGUGGGGAAAGAACAGUUUGAGAAUUUGAUUAAGAUUUCACAAACAAGCAUCCCCUUGAUAUAAAGUUGACUUACAAGUUGUGUUUUCAUUUUCUCAUAUUUAAGUUUUUUGCAUGCAGAUAAACCUAAGAGAGAGCUGUGAAAGGAUAAAUCUGAAACAGCAGCAAAUUGACUCCUUCAGCACAUUAUUUUAUUAUAUCAUAUAAAAAAAGAAAGAUGUUUGUACAUAGCAUAAACCUUCAUAGAUUCAGUAUUUUAUCAGAUGCACCAGAUGAAGUAGACUGAAUCUAUGAAAACUUAUGAUACAAACUUCAGUCGCUCACUGGUCUGAAAUGUCCUACUAAUAUGCUAAUGCAGACAAAUACAGCUAUGCUUCUGAAUGUAUUAUUUGGGCUUUUCAAAAACAGUUGGCUGUGUAUGUGUCCAACUAUUAUCAAGUACUCCAUCCCUGCCCAUGCAGGAUGAGAGGUUUACUUAAUAAUUUUUAGAAAUACUACUCUGUCCCUGAACAUGGAUACAAGGUUUCAGAGGAGCAAAAUGUGUGUCAUUUGAUUCCCUCCCCCAAAUCAACCUCACAUAGCUGCGUGGGCAUAAUGAAUAAACUCAUGAUCGGAGAGCAAAAGAUUUUAAACCUCCACUUUGUGUAUUAUGGGAGAGACUGAAGGGCAGCAAAAAUUAGAAAAAUUAAAAGAACAAUGCAGCUAUUAUCAAUGUUUUCCUUUUCUUUAGUCCUACAAGUUACAAUUAGAUCCCUGCUGUGACAGUACCAAAAACAGGGUUGAUACAGAUGUAGCUGUUUGCUGCUUAUGAUAAGUAGUUAUUUCUCACAUUGUGCAGCAGCUAGUAAGUGAAAUGGGAAUCAGUGUGAGAGCUCACAAGAAGCUCUUCUAACCUUUGGCUGAAGUGCAUGACUUUGGCACUGCAUGCAUAUACCACCCUGUUCAAUUGUGUACGAAGAUGCUAUUUAUACAUUCUUGAAAUAAUAUAAUAUAAUAAAAAUAAUACUGGAUCCAUGCUGGAUUAUCUCUGGAGAAGGAUAUUUUAUUUUGUUACUGUGCUCUAAACUAUAUUUCCAGCAGUUUUAUAUUUUAACUGGUUCUAUAUGAUCAUGUACACUCAAAUCUAUAAGGAAUGUAUGAUGGAAAAAGAAAUUUAAUUAAACUUUCAGAUUUAAAUAAAAGUUUGAUUUAUCAUUACAUUACAGUUGGUUGUCCCUUUAAGCAGCUCAAGUUGGAACUUUUUUAAACUAACAACAACCCUCUGGAGUAGGUUCGAUAGAGAGAAAAAGUGAUGGAUUGAAAUUUGUCCAAUGAGGUUUCUUGCUAAAAUGGACUUUUUUCAUAGUUUAUUGAGUUCAAUUGGUCUCCUACAACUGUAAAAAAAAAUUAAUGAAUUUCUUUGG